AUGGAUCUUUACGCAUCCCCAUAUCCGCUACGGAAGCUCGAUAGACUGGAACUCAAGACACUUUGCAAGGUGCUCUGGAACUGGCAAUACUGUGCCGAAUGCGCGACUUCAACAGAAUGCCCAACAAAUGAUUGCCCAUGGCAGAGAUCUAAGCGACUGGAGUCGUACUUCAGGUUUUAUCAACAUGUCACUACUUUGUAUGUUCCGGAGUUUUCCACAUCCGGCAGCAUCGCUCUCCGAAGCCAUGGCGAUCUCUUCGAUAUCAUCUCGAUCAUCAAGAAGAAUGCCGAUAGGCCUCGGGAAAGCGUGACGAAGGAGUACUUCGUCAAGAGAUACGGUGAUCCUCAACAUUUCCCUGCAGUGGCAGACCAGAAGCGUUCUUUCGAUAUGGCAGUCAAGGUCAUGACCAUGGUCGAGUGCUCAUCUGAGAACCAGAGCCUCGGAAACUUGGAGAAGGGGGUUCAGCCCAUUAUCUGGCGAGACGAUACUUCGCUGGCCCAGUUCCUGUCGUCCGCGUUUCCGAAAACGAACUGUCCCAGCCUCAACCAGGCCCCAUCUUCAGCAAGGACGAUGAAUGUCAGAGACGCUCUGAAAGUCACAGAGUUGAAAAAGAUAGCUGGGCUGAGGUUCAGACCCACGGAUGACUUGCGACACCAUCUCAGACUGGAUCCCAAGACCGGCUGGGUCGGCAUAUUCCACCAUACAAGGGCGCUUAAGGAGCAUCUCAUUGCCACGCUGGCGGAGCCAAACCCUAGAACUGACGGUGAGGCAAUCGAGCGGGGCAACUUGCCACGCCAACUAGCUCUCGAGAUCCUUGAUAGUGUCCAGAAAGUUCUCUUCCCGUUUGAGUCCGAGAAAGAUGCGCUGCACCUGGAGACUCUUGUGACAAAGUCAUCCUUUGACGAGGACUGCCUGGACUUUCACAGCAGUUCGUACCGCCGGGCCGAUGAGUCCAGCAUCGCGUACGAACACAUGGCGUCGCGGCUCAUGGACCUGCACGAAGAGCUGUUGAACCCGACACCGCGCGGCGCAUUGUUUGACUGGAUCGAGCGAAAGAGCGGAGCGAGGUACGUGAUGAUGGCGACGCUCGGUGGAGUCGUUAUUGCCGUUAUUCUCGGUAUCUUCGGGCUUGCAGUCGGCAUAUUCCAGGCUUGGGUCGCGUAUGAGGCGUGGAAGCACCCUGUGCCGAACGCUACAUAG